AUGGGUAGUGAAGCUCGUGAACUCCAUGUAUUCUUCUUUCCCUUCCCAGCUCAAGGCCACAUAAUCCCAACCAUAGACGUGGCCAAACUCUUCACCUCACAUGGCGCCACCGCCACCAUCAUCACCACCCCAUCCAUCAAACCCCUCAUCUCCCAAACCCUACAAAACACCAACAUCCACAUUAAAACAAUCAAGUUCCCCAGUGCUGAAUUUGGUUUACCUGACGGUUGCGAAAAAAUAGACUCUUCCCUUAACCCAAACCUGUUCCCCAACUUCCUAAAAGCAACAAUGAACCUUCAGGAGCCAUUGGAGCAGCUCUUGCUCCAAGAAAAGCCUCAGUGCCUCGUAGCAGACAUGUUUUUUCCAUGGGCAACUGAAGCUGCCGCCAAGUUUGGAAUCCCAAGGCUUGUCUUCCAUGGAACUAGCUUAUUCGCUCUAUCGGCUUCGCUUUGUGUCACAACCUACGAGCCUUACAAUAACGUGUCGUCGGACACCGAAGCCUUCGUCAUUCCCAACCUUCCCGGCGACAUAACAAUGGUGAAAAAGCAAUUGACUGAGUUAAGCAGGAAGGAGAACAACCAAGACCUGACUCUAGCGAUAUUGUUGAAGGAUUCAAGGGAAUCAGAGAUGAAGAGCUAUGGAGUGCUUGCAAAUUCUUUCCAGGAGCUAGAAAGUCCUUAUAUAAAUCACUACGUGAACGUGUUUGGGAGGAGGGUGUGGUGUAUAGGCCCUGUUUCUCUCUGUAACAGAAGCAACGAAGAAAAAGCGCUGAGAGGAGUACACGGAGAUGAAGAAAAUGAUAGAUGCUUGAAGUGGCUAAGUUUAAAGAAACCAAACUCUGUAGUUUACAUAAGCUUCGGGUCCGUCGGUGUCCUUCCAGACACCCAGCUUAAGGAGAUUGCAAUAGGAUUGGAAGCUUCUGGAAGAGAAUUCAUUUGGGUCGUAAAAAGAUGUAAAAAAUACACAGAGGAAUGGAAUGCGGAAGAGUUCGAGAAGAGAAUGGAGGGAAAGGGGCUAAUCAUAAGAGAUUGGGCUCCUCAAGUGUUGAUUCUUGAACACGAGGCUGUUGGAGCGUUUGUUACGCAUUGCGGUUGGAACUCGACGUUGGAAUCAGUGACAGCUGGCGUGCCAAUGGUGACGUGGCCGUUGGGUGCUGAGCAGUUUUACAACGAGAAGUUGGUUACUGAUGUUCUUGAAAUUGGGGUUCCUGUUGGUACUAGAUUGGGAGAUUGUGUUGACAAGGGUGCCAUAGAGAGUGCUUUGAAGAGGGUAAUGGUGGGAGAAGAAGCAAAUGGAUUUAGAAACAGGGCUAAGGUUCUUGCUUUGAAGGCAAAGAAGGCUGUUGAAGUUGGAGAGUCUUCUUACUCGGAUUUGAACUCUCUCAUUCUGAAAUUGCAGUCACAUGUUGGCAAUGAAAGUUGCUUUAUUAAUUUAUGAUGAUUCUGAAGGGUGAAGAUCAUAAAUCUUGAUAGUUCCUUUCUCUUCUAUCUGAUCGUUUAG